AUGACGAGUGUGUCGCUAACAGCUGGUGUGGGCACGCCGCUGUACAUGGCACCAGAGGCACUGACAGGCGACAAGUACAGCUUUGAAGCAGACGUGUUCAGCUUUGGCGUGCUGAUGUGGGAGGUGGCCACACAGCGCGUGCCUGACCUGAUUGAGCAAGAGCUUGGGGCAGAGUAUACUGGGCCGAUCCUCGCCACACUCAGCGGCUUGAUGGCGGACGGGAAGCGUCUCAAGUUUGAAGAUGGCGGAGACGAAGGUGGUCAAAAGGAGGGCGAUUUUCUCCGCCCCGCUGCGUUGACGGAUCAGAAUGCGACGCUGCGCGAAGUGAACAAGAAAUAUCAGCGGCAAAUUGAAGAGCUAUCAGCCGAAGUCGACGCACUGAAGUCGGAGCUUGCGUCAUCGCAGGCGACGAUUGCGUCAUUGCGCGACUCGAAAGAGGCGUUGGCGGACGCGGUGGCCGCGGCAAAGAAGGACGCAGACACAACGCACAUGCAGUGCACACAGAAGUUGGCAGCGGCGGAGCAGGACAUGGCUGCUGAGCGGAAGACGUACGACGAAUCGCGAUCGUCGCUCAACGCAAUGAUGGACGCCCUCCAGAAGCAGCUGGAUACCGAGAGGGAAUUGCGUGAAGAGGUUGAGAACGACCGCGCUUUCAGCAAACAGCAGCAGCAGGAGGCGGAGGAGAAGGCGAAAGAGGCAGAGCAGCAGAUGGCGGCGCAGGAGGAAACCGUGGUCCACUUACGCAAGCAGCUCAAAGAAGUCAAGGGCCUCAACCUGAAAAUGCUCACAAACCUCCAGGAGCUGCAAGGACAGGUCAAGGACGAGCAAAACAAGUGCCAUGCCAUCCAGCAGGAAAAGGACAAGAAGGCAGCAGAGAUUCAGACGUUGCAGAGCAAGCUGCGCGAUGCUGUUGCUCGCCGCGAUCACAUGGAGGCCGCGCUGACGGAGGUCGGCACCCGGCUCAAGGCUGCUGACGGGAAGCGCGUUGAGAUGGAGACUGCGCUGACGGUUGAGCGGCAGUGGCGGCAGUCGUUGCAGCAGGAGGCCGACAGGGCGGCAGAGAAGCUCGAAGAGAUGGAGAUGGUGCGCAGCCAGCUCGUGUCGACACAGGACGAGUUGCGAUCACUGCAGACGAAGCACGACAUGCUGCAGCAGUCGUACCGCGAUCAGGAGAAGGCGUUGCUGGAGAUGGGCGAACGCCUCUCAGAGACCGCCCUGCAGGUUGACAGGUUUGAAGCCCAAGAGAAACGAAAUCGACAAAAGCAAUGGGCGGAUGACAGCGAAAUCAAACACUGUCAGGCCUGCGAACGCUCAUUUGGCGUCAAGCGAAGGAAACACCACUGCCGGGGGUGUGGUGGCAUCUUCUGCGACGAGUGCUCCGACAACCGCAUGCCCUUACCAUCAUACGCAAAGCCCGUGCGUGUGUGUGACACGUGCGAGAAAGACAUUAUCGCAAAGAUGACCGCGCCGCAUUGAUCAGCGACACACAAACACACACACAUACACACACGCGCACACACACACACACACGCACACGCACACACACAGACGCCCAGAUGUUUCGUUACGUUGUGUCAUCCUUGUGCUGUCAUCAGACGUACAUUGCCAGUGCCCCCUGUUCACACAGCACAAACACGCACACUCGUUGCUCUGUUUGUUGUCUGUAUUCAUUUCACUUUUGGACAAAUAGAGAGAAAAAAAGACAAA